AUGCCUCUACUUGACCUGGACGAUUUUCUACGUAUAAUCAUGCGAAAUGAUGCAUCACGGAGAUUGAGUCUUUUGUUGUUCCAGGCAGUUAUGUUUGCCGGAACUGCAUUUGUCGAUAUCAAGCAUCUACAGGCUGCUGGGUUCGAGUCGCGGAAGACUGCUCGCAAAGCUUUCUUCCAAAAAGCAAGACUUCUAUAUGACUUUGAUUACGAGUCCGACCGGAUAUCUCUUGUCCAGUCGAUACUUCUCAUGACGCAUUGGUAUGAAAUGCCGGAUGACCAAAAGGAUACAUGGCACUGGAUGGGCGUUGGACUUUCUCUUGCUCACACCAUCGGCCUCCACAGAGAUCCGGCAACUUCAAACAUGGAUGCAAAACGACAGAAGCUUUGGAAGAGAAUAUGGUGGAGUACCUAUACCCGCGACAGACUCAUCGCUCUGGGCAUGAGAAGACCUACCAGAAUCAAGGACGAAGAUUGCGACAUGCCCUUGCUGACGAUUGAUGAUUUUGAUAUCGCCCCCUUUUCCACCGAAGUCCUUCAGGUUCUAGGAGACUGUGAGUUGACUCAUAAUGUCAGGUAUCAGAAGGACCUUGCCAUGAUGUUUAUUGAGAAAACAAAAUUAUGCUUAUGUAUCAGUCACGUCCUGUCAGCACAGUAUUCUGUCCUUGGUCAUAAAUUUGGCGGCACAACCGAAACCACUAUGAUGUUGGUGCCGAAAAAGACUGCCACGGAAGCUUGUGAAGUUAGAGCAUGUGAUAUCGAGCUUGAGAGUUGGAAAUCCGGACAGCCGGAUGUGACCGUGUAUCGCCCUUCGACUUCAUGGAGCCUAUCUCGUGGGGAAGAAGUGCUUCACCUUCAUCGCGGCCUGCUCCAGAUGAUAUAUCUGACUACCUUGAGUGCCCUACACCGACCACAGGUCCUACCGGCUAACUCUACGACCACGAUCGAAGCAGAACUGCAAUCCUUUUCUCGAGCGAAAGUCAGACUUGCGGCGGUGGAAAUCACAAAGGUUGCUCAGGAGCUACAUACUCUGGAUUUGACGCGAUACCUACCAACAAGCGGUGUUACUGUUCUCCUUCCGGCUGUCAUCAUACACUUACUCGAUAUCAAGUCAAGUGACAUCAACCUCCGAUCUGCGAGUCUCGGACGAUUUUAUCAGUGCAUGCAAAUACUGCAACGUUUACGCGAAAUAUAUGCAUCUGCCGAUUUUGCAACCUCGUUCCUUGAAGCUGCUAUCCGUAAAGCAGGCGUUCACAUAAACAUCGAGCCAACGGAGCAGGAGAAGCAGCCACAAAGGGUCAAACCCGAACAACCAGUGAACACCCUUACACCUCCACCGGAUCCGAGCCCGGAAUGCUUCAUAGAUCCAGUUUUGUCAUUAAAGUCUGACCUGGGUAACGUCGAACAGCCCGUCGAUACCAACAACUUCGGCGUUGUUGUUUCGACUCCUCCAAAUUCAGCAAGCAGUGAGAAUGGAAGCCUGCAAAAUAUAAACCACGAUACUACUGUGGAUGAUAUUUUGAACUCCAGCACCGAUCCCUCGGAGCCCAGUCUAGCUGAAUUCAUGACCCUCGCGCACGAAGCUGAUAUUACUCAAAACGACUUAGAUGCGUUGAUCAACUUUGACGAAAACACUGCUACGGAUUUCUUGACCACAGAUGAUGCUAUCAAUGCUGCCUUCACUCUACCUGAGCUUGGGGAUGAUUUUAUCAAGGGAGAAUUUGAUGAUAACGAUAAAAAAUUAGAGGAACUCAAGGAAAUUGAGACUACGGAUUUGGGUAUGGAUAUAGACGGUCAGGCUUGGCUUCACGACCCUUAG